AAGAGAUGAGACGGUCCAUGCCACUCAAGAGGCUCAGCUUCUCUCUCAUCUGAACCAUCCUGCCAUCCUCAAGUUCUACACCAGUAUCCUGGAGACAGACGCCUUCUGCAUCAUUAUUGAGUACUGAGAGCUGUAUGGACUCUCAUUCUGAUGGCACCCAUUCACUGCAGAGGAUCCAUUUGAACAAAGAUUUGGACUGUAAGUUGGAAUAGGUGAAACGCACAAACCGGACAUUAUCAGAGCCUUAGGUCUGUGAAUGGCUAUGUCAGCUACUGUUGGGAGUACAUUACAUACAUCAGAGAGCAUGAAACACAGGUUUUUUAGCCUGACGCUGCGAGACAAGUCGAUGCGGGGAGAGAGAGAUGCAUCACAGAUUCUGAGAGCACUGCAGAAGAAGGUACAUCUGCAGACACUGCGGGAGAGAUCAGAGGUGCAGAAAAUGAGCCCGAGAGAAUGCAUGCGUCUCCGGAAACUCCAAGCAGCAGAUGAGAAAGCAAGAAAGCUGAAGCAAAUUGUGGAGGAAAAAUAUCAAGAAAACCACCUGUGCAUGCAAGAGUACAAGUCCAAAAAUUUUCAGAAAGUUAGCGUGGAUGAUUUAAAGGUGAGAACCGAAGAAGCAGUUAACCAGACUCAAACGAUUCAGAGUGAGACACCAAACAGAAACUCGGAACUGUCAGGAAGCAUUUCUCAAAACUCUGAUAAGAUGUGCAAGUCUGUGUCAAAAGACCAUGCAAUCCCUGAGGAUCCUCAGGAGGCGGAGGCAUUUUACACCAUGGAUGAAUUUGAGUCAUGCUCGGAGGAAAAUUCAGAUGGAGAGGAAGACUCUGAGGAUAAUCUCCCCACAGACCCUUCCUGUCAGACAUGUGGACAGGACAGUGACCUGGAGGCCAUGAUCAGACACAUGGAGGAUGUUCUGAAUGGUGACUCGGUUGGAUCAGAAGAACAGAAGCCUCAGCAGGGUUCUCUGGGAGUGAGUAGCAUCAAUACCUCCAUGGGUGAGGGCAGAAUACAGCACAUGAGAGAGUGAGUGUGUCAUCCUUGACCUAUUCACAGCCAUCACCUCUUGAAGAGUUUCUAACACACCCCAUGCACCUCACAAUGGGUUUUAUUCACUAAUAAUUGCAUUUACCUACAUGCCUGGAAGCAUUUUUAUGGAGAUUCUAUCCUUCUUUCCUAUAGCUGUGUUGAUUUAUAAAGCUUCUCUGUGUUUCUAUACUGUAUAAAAUGUCUGUGUCUCCCAACAAAUGAGACUAAGAAGUGCUGACCUGUUCAAUGCAGAUAUUUUGCUCUCCCAGACCCAAUUAAAGACCAGCUAGUAGAUCACUUCUGAUAUAAUCCACCUGCCACUGCAGUCAGCAUACUGUCUGACGCUGUUCUGUAUUUGAGCCUGCUUUUCUUGGUCAUGAGGCUCCUAAACCCAU